AGCCAAUACUGUAUUUUUGUUAGGGAAGGGCAGGACUUUUGUUAAGGGCGAAAGAACCGACGUGAUCGGCCAAUUAAGUAGGCAUUCCUAUUGUUUUACUUGAUCUGGGCAGGGGGCAGCUGCCCCUCCUUUGGCUACGCCCAUGACAAAAGCUGAUAAAAAUACAUAAGGAUUCAUAUUAAGGUUAAAGUAAGCAAGUAUUUUGGGGGGAUGGGGGGAAAGCAACAACAACGAUGACGUCUAUCGAGGAAGCUGCGGGCUGCACAUAAGGACUUUCGGAAGUCGCGCGCGUGCAUCCAUCCUGAGCUUAAUUCGAACUUUAAAAAGCAGGCAGCCGCGAUUAUUAGUGGACCGUCCAGCGCCUGCUGGCUUGUUUUUUCGUUUGCAGAGGUAAUGCUACGAUAGGUGGACUUUGCAAGCCGGGGUUUCUUUUUUUAUGUUCUUAAGCAAAAGAUUCUUAUAUGGGGUAAGAACUCUUGAUUAGCAAUUUCAAAUGAUGGAAAUUGCCCUAAUUGAUAGAUGCAGACUAUGCUGAGAAAAUGUCAUGAUUUCUAUCAAUGCGCGGCUUCCCCCAUUCUUGACCCGCACAUGGAGUCAACAGACUAGUCGACAACCGGAAGUAUAUCAACGUUAAUGACGGCGGCCUCUGGAUAAUAAGCGUAAUUAGGCGAGGGGGCGCCCGCCCGAAAAGAGAAGCGCCUGCAGUCGAAGGGGAAUGCCGAACGCGCAGCUUCAAGCCCUAGACCCCACCUCGCCAAAGGAGAAGAUUGUUCCCGUCUCCGUAGACCUGUUAACCGGCCAUGGGUUUUGCUCUCUCUAUGGGCGAAGUUGCCGUCAAUUAUACAGCGAUGGGCGUACCUAAGGAUAAAAGGACCAGUGGGCGACGCAACUCCGCCAGUAGGGCGGGAGAAAUGUGCUCGCGACAGCCAAUCGUUGGCGAGUUCGUGGAAGGCGUUUGCAGAGGAGGCGAGGCUGGGUCUGGAGGCUGCCGGGGAAACGCGGCGUCUAAGUACCAGGAAGUGGAAGUCCUCUGCUUGAGAUUGGGCCACGUGUUUGGAGGGAAGGCGUUUGCCUGGAGCGCCGGUGCUUGUUAGAUAACUCACAUGUCAUCGGAAGACAUUACUGUCACUGUUCGUCUAGUUCGCUCCUUUGAGCACCGUAAUUUUAAACCUGUUGUGUACCAUGAUGUUACUCUGGAUCAGACUGUCGGAGAGUUUAUUGAAUUUGUGAAGAAUGAUGUGGUAUUAAGGACAGGACUUCCACCUCCUUUUAAAAAAUAUAGAUACGAUACAAUGAAGAUUCUUCACCAGGCGCAUGGCUCUAAGACCAAUGAACUCGUCGUGAGUUUAGAAGAUGAUGACAAACUCAUUUUGGCAGAGGACAGCACCCUGAAAGCCGCUGGUCAAAUGAAACGGAGCUCGCAUUUUUCUGCAUGGAUGAUUACAGGAAAUAUAAAGCCAAUCCCGUCACUACCUGGUGAAAACUUUGCAACUUGGGAGAAGAUUCCCCCGCUGCUUGUUUUGUGAGGCUUUAUAAAUUCUUAAACCUUAAAAAGCUGUAUAUUAUAAGUAUUAUGAAUUUUGUUUGCAGGAACAGCAAAGCCUGCUUUUCAUACAGUUGCUAUCUUCAGUUCUUUUCAAACACAAGCCCCUACUCACAAAUCGUAUGGGAAGUGUUUUACAGUGGCCACACACCAAUCCACCAUACAUUUUUAAAAUGUGAAGUGUUGACUGUGGACAAGAUGUAAAAUGUAAUUAACUAACACCAGUGUUUUAUUAGGGCUGUGCCUUUGCCUUGGAUGAGAUGCAAGGCAGAGGCAAAAAUCUCUUCCUUGGAGGUACUUGGACCUCCUUAGAAUCCAAGGCAGCUUGAGUCCAAGACUUAGGAAAUAUAUUGGGCAUUUUUUUUAUUAUUAUUUUAUUCAAGGGGAAGACAUCUCAGACUUUGGGAAAUAUAGCAAGAUGACCUCUGCCUUGGAUCUGAGGCAAAAUAUGAUGCUAAUCUGAGCUACGAAGCCAUAGCCAAGCCUAUGAGGUGGGUUUUUUCUGUAGAAACCCAAAUAUAUAUAUGUAAGCUAAUUUUCCUUUCUUUUCCCUUUGUAAAAAAUUCCUUGCUGUGUCUUCUGGAUAAAAUGUAAAUGGGUACUUGCUGUUUAAUGGUUAUAUGUUAUUGCUACAAAUCUGAAAAAGUGUUGUGUACAAACUCGGAAACUUUUGAAAUAAAGGAUUAUUUAUCGCAAGUGA